AUGGGCGACAAGUCGUGCUACAUGGGUGCUGGUGGCUACUCGGGCUACAUGGGAUCAGGAACUCAAGGAUCAGGAUAUGCUAGAGAAGAAUAUGCAGGAAACAUUAUGGGCGGCGGCGGCGGUGGCGGCUACAGCAGCGGUGGUGGCGGUGGUGGCGGUGGU